GCAGUGUACUGACAUCCAGAGGCAGGUUCACUAACCGAGCAUCACCAAAGAAGAGCUAAACACCAGCCAAGUUUUCAGCAAGUUCUACCUGUCAUUGUUAUCCAUUUAACUUCACAGGAUAAACUGUAUUUAAGGAUGUAAAGCUAUUUCUGAACAGAGCGAGGAUGAGUCCACCGACCGGAGACGGAUGAAGAUGACAUUUCUGUUAUGGCGAGCUGUGUCUCUGUGGCUAUGUGUAGCUGUUUUAUUUUUGUGUCUUGAUGAGUCCCAUGUUGGCAGUGCAAAGCCUCAGGAAGAGGCCAAGAGGCCAGUGUCCUCACAGGACAUGUGCUCGGAGAAAGGGUGCGACCAAAUGACUCACAAUGAAAAGCUUGAAGCAAUACCAUCAUCUUUAGUCAAUGAGCACCCUAACGAUGAGGCAGAGGAUGAGGUAAAAGAUGAACACAAAGACAAAGGAGAACAACAGAUCCUGGAUUUGGAGGUGCCUUCCAUGGAACAGUCUUUGAGAGAAGAAGCAAAAGAAGAUGAGCAUGAACAAAACUCAGCACAUGAACUGGACAGACUCUCCGCUCUUCCGUUUUCUGAGCCACUUUCUGCUUUGGCUGGUGAAGUUAAAGAUGGGUCUAUGCUGCACAUUCAGGAGGAAACACUAGAAAGUGUGUCAGAACAUGCCCCUGAUGUAACUGAAGUAAAUGAUUCUGACCACCCUUCUGCUGAUUGUGAGGUGGAGCCCAACCCCUUUGAUAGUGACAGCAGCCCUCCGGUGGUCCUGGAGAACACCUCUAAUGCUCACACCACAGGCACUAAGUCCCUCCCUGACCCUCCUCUGAGUUCCCCAGCUGCUCCCAGCACACAGCACCUGGAGACGAAUGUCUCCCACAUGCUCCAAGACCAGACCUCAUCUGGUACCACAGAGACAGACUCCAAUGUGGGCAGCAAAGACCCAGAGGACAUUCCAACAUUUGAUGAGUGGAAAAGAAAAGUGAUGGAGGUUGAAAAGGAAAAAACUGUGACCACACAUACAUCUACUAAUGGAGCUGCUCAUCCAGUGAAGAAAGUCCAAAAAAACUUCAACAACUAUGCUUCUGUGGAGUGUGGGGCCAAAAUCUUAGGUGCUAAUCCUGAGGCUAAGAGCACUUCAUCCAUUCUGAAGGAGAACAUGGAUUUGUACAUGUUAAAUCCAUGUAGUAAUAAAAUAUGGUUUGUUAUUGAGCUCUGUGAGCCAGUUCAGGUGAAGCAGUUGGAUAUUGCCAACUUUGAACUCUUUUCUUCUACUCCCAAAGACUUUCUUGUCUCCAUCAGUGACAGAUACCCAACAAACAAGUGGCUGAAACUGGGAACAUUUCAUGCUCGAGAUGAACGCACUGUCCAGAGUUUCCCAUUAGAUGAACAUCUUUAUGCGAAAUAUGUCAAGAUGUUCACCAAGUACAUAAAGGUGGAGCUGGUCUCUCACUUUGGAUCUGAACAUUUUUGUCCUCUCAGUCUCAUACGGGUGUUUGGCACCAGCAUGGUGGAAGAGUAUGAGGAGAUCGCUGACCCUUCGGAAAGGCCAGAGGAGCAGGACGAUGACAUGGAUUACCCUGCUGGCUAUGCACCUGCUGAUGGUGACUCCAAAAAUUUAAUUGGAUCUGCAAAAGAUGCAAUUUUUAACAUUGUGAAAGACAUUGCUGUUGUUCUGGGAAGAAGCGAUGAGAUGCCAGGCAACAUAACAUCUCAGGAAGUUAAUAUGACUGAGCCUCAGUUACAACCUGAAACAACUACUGAAACAAACCCAAACAUGCAACCCGAGCCAGAAGUGGAAGAUCUUUCCACAACUGCAACUCAAGGCACUCAAAUGCCUGAGGCAGUUGUAACUGAUCUUAACAAUGGUGUACCUGCAGCUACAGAAGAACAAAUUGUCAUUCCUUUAGAAAAAGAGGAGGAUGAGCCUAGCAUCAGCUCUACCAUUAUUUAUUUGGGCGAGGAAGAGGUAGACGAAGAGAAACUUGACAACCAAAAAAAUCAGGAUCCAUGCGCUCUGUUGCCUUUAUCUCCUGCCUGCUCCUGCGCUGCUUCACUACACGAGUACUUGCUGCAGACAUGCUUACUGCACAUGCCCCAAAAUUGCACAAACUGCCAAACUGUUGAACAAAUACAAAUGGAUGUGCCUAACUGGGUGAUAUACCAGCCCCCUUCUUCAUAUCCACAUCCACAACAGGCGCAAAAGGAUUCACUGGAAAUACCAGACAAAGAAGAUUCUGUUUCUGAGAAUGAGAACAAAGCCAGCUUCACUGAAAAAACACUUUCUCCUAAUACAAUAUCCCAGCCUGAAGUUCACCCUAUAGAGCAAAGUCAGACUUCAGACGAUCUCAACUCCAUUGAGUCUUAUGUUACCAUAGCAACCCCUGCUGAAGAAACGCCACAGUUAGUCCAGGAAAUACCAAUCAAAAUGCCUAGUUCUAAAAUGAACCAGGAUUCUGCUGAGGAGAAGCAAAUUGAAUCAACCCUUAGUGGCUCUCUUAAUUCUGUUCCCGCUUUAAGCGUAACAUUGGUCGAUCCAACACCACCAAAAGAGAAAACAAAUCUAGAUCUAUCUCAAGAAAUGAAAAGUAAAGAUGGCAAAGAUGCAGCUCCGGUAGUUAACUCCAAAACCCCUCAUUCAGAGCCAGAUGCAACAGUUGUCCCAGAUGAGAAUAAGCUGUCUGAAAUAGAGCCCAUCCUUGACCCCCUGCCCUCUGAAGUCCUCAACAUGGAUUCAAAAAUGGAGGACACGGCCGAGGAUAUAGCCUCAGGUAUAUCACGCCCCUCCGCUGUUACUACAUCGUCCCUAUCAGAUAUUUACGCAGAGCCCCCUAAUGGUACGGAGCUGAAUGGCAGCCCUGUGCACGGCUCCAGCCAGAAGGAGUCUGUGUUUAUGAGGCUGAACAAUCGAAUCAAAGCUCUGGAGAUGAACAUGUCACUGAGUGGGCGUUACCUUGAGCAGCUCAGUCAGAGGUACCGGAAGCAAAUGGAGGAGAUGCAAAAGGCUUUUAACAAAACUAUUAUCAAGCUUCAGAAUACCUCCAGAGUGGCAGAGGAACAGGAUCUUCGUCAGACGGAGUCCAUUCAGCAGCUGCAGGGCCAGUUGGCAAAUGUGACUCAGCUCGUUCUCAACCUGUCUGUUCAGGUCAGCCAACUGCAGAGUGAGGUAUCUGAUCGUGAGAGCUACCUGCUGCUCUCCCUGUUCAUGUGUCUCUGUUUGGGUUUACUGCUUUACAUCAACCGCUGCAGAAUGUCAUCUACUUUCUGUCCUGAGCCCGACCCACCAGUCCCAGAGAGCUACACCUACUGCUGUCCAGAACGGCAGUUUUCCAGCGAUGAGGCGGCACUCAAGAGAAGCGCAUCCUAUCCACUCAUCCACUCUGACUCAUUCCAGUUGGCCUCCACUAUGGAAAUUCUACAACACGAAGAGACUCAGAGUCUUUGUCCAGCCAGUAAAAAGAGAAGACGUAGAAAGGUGAAGUCUCUGGAGAAAGUGGAGACCCUAAAGCCCUCUCUCCAUGCCACUGAGCAGGUCCAGAGCAAAGGGCCUGAUAAAACAUGUAAUGGGGGGUCCGUGCUUGUGGAACCUAACCCUCUUGCACAGACCAUACUCCAGCCCCCUUUUAGAGAUCCUGUGUCAGAGGGCAGCUCUGAGUGCUCCUCUCACUCAGAUGACCCUUCUUUCUGUGGCAUCACAGCGGCCUGUAACAGAAUCUGUGAUGGACUUCCUGCUAAAAGUCGCGCAGAGCGGCGGGCCCUGAGGCGCAGACGGGCCACAAACAGUGCAGUGGUGGACUACCUCAAAGCCCCCAGCAGACACAAGAGGAACUCGCUACCUAUUUACACAAUCCAUGACAUCAUGGACCGACAGGAGCAGAGCUCCUGUGGACUCAAUGUGCACCUGUCAGGUCCUGUCUGACUUUUAACUUGCACUCACUGCUAAGGCUGUAGAAUAGUGGGUGGGGCAGAUAGCUUCAAGCGCAAACAAUGGACAAUCCUCACCUGUUAAUGCUCAAGAUUAGUUCUUGUUACAUGCCCAUGUUUGUAACAUUAAUGUCUUCCAAGUUCUAGAUUCUUCCUGUUUUUUGGAAGUGUUAUUAAAUAGACAUAUUCUGCACAAUA